UUGUUCACCAUGUUGGAUCCACCGCUCAUCUCAGCUGUCUUGUGAGCAAUAGUUUGGUUUUGCCAGCUGCAGCGGACCUUCCUGGUGUGCUCAACGUCCAGAAGUUCGGUAGGCUACCGGAUCCUUCGCUCGUCGACAGGAGACGAAAGCAAGCUCAGCUGUUUUGAUGUGGACACACGGAGUCGUAGCGACUAGCUGCGGGCUGUCAGGUUCAUUACUACUGUCUUCUCACUGGCUGCUGGCAGCGGGAGAACUGAUCCCGUAUUAAGGGUUUAACUUUGUCUCUGCACGCUCGUUAUUCCCAGAGAGUUAGUCCCCGUGAGCCGGAGGAGGACAAGGGGAACGUACCAAACAAAGCCUGCUGUCGAUGGGGAAAGUAAGUUGUGUGGCUGCCGCCUGUGAGGAUCGCUUGUGUUUUGCGUCCCGAGUUGAAGCGGUGAUGGGGGGGGCGGCUCGGUGAAUCGGUGUAAUAAUAUGUGAGUGGAGUGGCCGGUCGAGGCCUGGGCCUGCCUGCCUGCCUGCUGUACUGUGGCCUGGGCAGGGAUACACCUCCACUGCACCGGAUCAGCUGCGUUAAUUACGGCCCGGAGAUUAGCCUUGUUUACGGAGGCGCUGCGCGAGGAGAAGGAUUCAUUUGAAGGGAAUAGAUGAGAUUUGGGUGACGUGGGACCGGAGCGGACUGUUUUUAAAAGAUGAGCGUCCUGCUCACUCCACGUGACAGCCUUUAGAUCGGGAAGUGUCAACAGGACGGAGGGAUCCGCACCUUCACCAUGAGGGACAUCUGAGGCCACCGGCUCUUAUUUACUGAGGGGGGAGCGGGAUAUUUUCUAAGUUGUCGUUGUUAGUGGCGGCAGCGCACAGGUUUCUGUAGCUACGCGCCCAUGUUGUGCUCUCCGUUAUUAGCCCCGGGCUACGGCAGCCUAAUGAUGUGCCAGCAAAAAAAAUAAUUUAGAGGAAGUGGGUCAGAUCCUUACUGGCAUUAUGAUAAAAAGACGCACAACCGUUGGCUCCAGUACCCGGUGAUCAGAAGUAAGGUUCGCUGCUGCUGGGUCAUUUAAAGCUCAGAUUACUUUCCUCUAUGUUGUCUCUUAAGUUUCACGAGUCGUAGCCAUUAGCAUCUCUGUUAGAACUGGUUUUGACUGAGGCGCUGCAGCCUCAGUGAAUGGCCCUUUGCGGCACAGCGUCUACAGAUGUCCCAAAAAUGAUGGCUGCUUACAACGGUGGCUCCUCGGCAGUGGCCGCCCAUCACUCGCACCAUCACCACCAGCUCCAGCACCUUCCGCCUCCCCAUAUGCACCAUCACCACCACGCCAGCCAGCACCACCUCCAGCACCCGGGCUCCGCUGCCGCCGUGCACACGGUCCAGCAGCACACGUCCACGGCCGCCGCUGCAGCGGUGAUGCUCAACCCCGGCCAGCAGCAGCCAUACUUCCCUUCGCCUGCCCCCGGACAAGCUCCCGGGCCGGCUGCGGCUGCUGCGCCAGCCCAGGUCCAGGCCGCGGCGGUCAAAGCUCACCAGCACCACCACCACCAUCAGCAGCAGCAGCAGCAGCAGCACCACCACCACCACCACCACCUCCAGCAACAGCCGGACGUAGAGCCUGACAGGCCCAUCGGCUAUGGAGCGUUCGGUGUGGUCUGGUCAGUGACUGACCCCAGAGACGGAAAGCGAGUUGCCCUCAAAAAGAUGCCUAACGUCUUCCAAAACCUUGUGUCUUGUAAGAGGGUGUUUCGGGAGUUGAAGAUGCUGUGUUUCUUUAAACAUGAGAAUGUGCUGUCUGCUCUGGACAUACUUCAACCUCCACACAUCGACUACUUUGAGGAGAUCUAUGUCGUGACUGAACUGAUGCAAAGCGACCUCCAUAAGAUCAUCGUGUCACCGCAGCCUCUGAGCUCAGACCAUGCAAAAGUCUUUCUUUAUCAGAUUCUACGAGGACUGAAGUACCUUCAUUCAGCUGGCAUUCUACAUCGAGACAUCAAACCUGGCAACCUCUUGGUUAAUAGCAACUGUGUGCUUAAGAUCUGUGACUUUGGUCUGGCCCGUGUGGAAGAGUCCGAUGAGUCACGGCACAUGACUCAGGAAGUGGUGACACAGUACUACCGAGCCCCAGAGAUCUUGAUGGGGAGCCGCCACUACUCAAAUUCCAUCGAUAUCUGGUCUGUGGGCUGCAUCUUUGCUGAGCUACUGGGGAGACGCAUCCUCUUCCAAGCCCAGAGUCCCAUCCAGCAGCUGGAUUUAAUCACUGACCUGUUGGGGACUCCUUCCAUGGAGGCCAUGAGGACGGCAUGUGAAGGGGCCCGUGCACACAUCCUCAGAGGACCUCACAAACAGCCAUCACUUCCUGUUCUCUACACACUGUCUAGCCAAGCGACCCAUGAAGCUGUCCACCUCCUUUGCAGGAUGCUGGUGUUUGAUCCUUCAAAGAGGAUUUCAGCAAAGGAUGCCCUGGCUCACCCUUACCUGGACGAGGGGCGGCUACGCUACCACACUUGCAUGUGCAAAUGCUGCUACACCACAUCCACAGGCCGUGUUUACACCAGUGACUUCGAGCCAAUCACUAAUCCCAAGUUUGACGAUGGCUUUGAGAAGAACAUGAGCUCAGUGAGGCAGGUCAAAGAGAUAAUCCAUCAGUUUAUUUUGGAGCAGCAGAAGGGGAGUAGAGUGCCGCUCUGCAUUAACCCUCAGUCGGCAGCUUUCAAAAGCUUUAUCAGCUCCACAGUGGCCCAGCCCUCUGAAAUGCCUCCAUCACCGCUGGUAUGGGAAUAGACCAGCUGACCCGCUGCUACACUGCGAGUAACGUCUGCAAUUCACUGGACAGUAAGAUUCCAGUGUGCGUGCGUGCGUGCGUGCGUGCGUGCGUGCGUGCGUGCGUGCGUGCGUGCGUGCGUGCGUGCGUAAGAAUAAUCCACUGGAGGGUUUGGUAUGCAAAUGAAUGAGACAAACCAAAUUGGAGUGUUUGAAACUAACCGUCUCAUCAGCUCCAAGUAGCAGAAAUGAAGGCACCUAAUGAAGUGGACUUGUUCUGGUAAAGAUAUUAUUACAAAGGAAGUUUAUUUAAUCGUUCGAACCAUAAGCUGAUGAUUUGCCAUAUGUUAGUUCACCCUCCCUAUAUCUUCUUCAGACAAUCGAUUGUAGCUGUAAAGAGAAGCCUCCUGUACAUUUGACCUAUUUGAGCUCCAGCCACAUCCUGCUGUGUAUCAGGCCACUGGUGUUACCUGGUGUUACUGGUGUUAACAGUUCAAUUGCCAAAGAUCAGGAGCCUCAUUUAUAAAUGAUGCAUAAACAUUAGAUUAUGUGCAAACCUGCCAUGACUGCGGUUUUAAGCAAUUAUCUACUUCAUGCUCUGUCUUGUCUGUUUGGAUUGACACAACACUGACAGACUUUUAAACAAUCUGGAGGUACAAAUAGCUCCACCAUCACUGUGUGAUGGUCUGUUCACAAAACAACAAGCAUUUCCCACCACCUUAAGAACAGGUCCUCAUUUGUGAAUGUAACCUUUAAAUAUACAAAAGAGCGCAUGACUCCGCUCUUUGGUGCAUGUUUUAGUGGUGAAGGACUUGAUACAUGAGGCCCUAAAGUACCUGAAGCGUGAAGCUGCCAGGUCUCAGCUUUAUGUCUGACCCUUUGCCCUGGCCAAGUUGGCGCCCUAGGCGAGAUCAUGAUUUUGUGCCCUCUACUUAUCACCACUCUACCCUACCAACCCCCCCACGGCCCCAAUCGUGAUUAUGCCCCCCCCCCCCCAGCUCCCAGCAGUAGCUCCUCCGAAAGGCUUUAACAAACACAUCGGAUGGUUUCAACUAUGAAGCAAAGGUUGCUAUCUACCUGUGGGUUUCCCAAUGUCACUGCCGUCACUGAGGGAAAUUGACAAUUAUCUAGCUCGGCUCUUAUUUUGUAGCGUUGGCCGUCCCUUCUGAGACAAGCAUGUCACUUUUUCUCUUAUUGUACAUGGAAUCAGCUGUUAAUGACCCUUCGGACUCCUUUUUAUGUUAAUUUGAAUCAAUAACUGCUAACGGCAGAAGCAAUAUGCCUCUGGGUUGCCUCCUGUCUGGACUCAUUAGGUCACAACGCAUUGUGCUCCAUGUCCAUUGGGGAGUUAAUGAUGUGUGGCUGUUGGAUCCAUCCACAUCCCCUACACGCAUCUAGAGCGUUUGUUCAGGUUCGGUUAUAAACUAAACUAACUCUGGAGGGCACACUGGUUUUGACUGCUGAGGCCUGCGUAAAGAUUAAAGUCUGCGUCACUUCUAGGCUUCAGUUCCAGUUUGUAUGGAUGGUACUUUUGCUCAGCUCACAGGCAUACCCAUGUGGAGGAGUCCCUCCGUAGCAGGUUACUUGCUGUUUGGGCUCUGGCCAAUGCUGGUGUGUACAGGCAGCCUGAGAGUGUUCUGGAGGAGCGGCUGGUUCUAGUCUUCCCUCACUUUCAUAUAGAAAACAGAAACUCAGCGAGAAAGUAUUAAAGAUGAAAAGCAGUUCAAGCAGCAAUAUGAUUACUGAGAAGGUUCCCAAUUUGUUCUCUUCGGAUGCUUUCAGACACACGUAGCAUAUGAAUGACGCAGUGACAUGGCGUGGUCUCAUCUCUAGCUCUGUCCACUCACAUGCUCACUGUCCCCACUACUAAAUAUUUAAUAUAUUUUUAGACUUCUUUUCUAUUCCUUUUUUGUGUUCUAGCAUGUCUAUGAUCAUGUGUGUGUAUAUAUGUUAAAUAAAGGAGCAGAUCUAAACACCAACCUAGUAAAUGAUACCACUGUAUAGAAAAUGUAUUAGCCUGCACAUUUCUAAGGCUGUGAAGUUAAUUUUAUUUUUUAACACUUGCAUACAAAUGUAUAUAUUUUCCUGAUUUUUACCCUGCGUCUAGAGGAUCCUGAACGUUAAGUCACGUUACCUGUAUGUGGUGUGUACAGCAGAGUUGUAGAUAUAUCUAAGGAAAAGCCUUUUUUUCUUAUUGUUGAUAAUGGUUUCAUCACAGCAACACAGUGUGAAUAUGUACAGAAUAACGGAUUCACCGUGUUGGUCUCUACCUCUUGGCUUUGUUUACGUCCCACACCUUUCUGACUUCAUGUGGGGAUGAAUUGAAAACACUUGAAUCUCCAUUCAAGCUUUUAUACUGAAAUGAAAAUGAAGCUGUUCUGCUCCCGCCUAGCACUGCACCGAGUGCAACGCAUCCACCUGACCUUUGUAACACAGCCCUGACUCUCGCCAAGGGUUUCCUGACUGUUAGUCAACUCUCACUGUCUGGUAGGAUGGAGCUGAUGAGGAGGGGGAGGUACUGCUCACACCGCAGGCUGUGUCUUUUUAUUGAUGGCCAGGGGAACAGAUUUUGAUUAUCUUGCUGAAUUGAUGUCGUCCAAUUAAGUUAGCUGACCUGUGAUUCCAGGUUUCUCCAGUUGAGCUCUGCAGGGCGCUGCUGUUAAGAGCGCUUCCUGUACAGUGGCUCAUAGGGGUCAGUCCAAGCAGGACUGAGAAAAAAAAAGUCUGUACAUGUUUCACUUCCUCUGUGUGUUUAAAUAACCAUGACCUUCAUACAGGCAACGCAGGUUCCAUGAGUGACGACUCUUCAAACUAACAAACUAAUGUCAUCACCCAAAUUGUGCAGCGAUAAGUUGGCCUCAUACCAAGACCUGAACAGUAACUAGUCAGUGAAUAUAAGACGCAGCUGUCAAGGUUGAAACUCCGCGAUGGCGGUGCCAGUUUACUCCAACAGAUCCUUUUAAUCUGGUCUUCUGCCUUGUGUGCAUUGAUCUCUGUGAGCCAAAGAGUGGGACAUGGUUUGCCUCUGGUCCAAGGUCAUCUCCUGUGUGAGUUAGAGACUGAAGGGGAUCUUCUCAGGAAUCAACACAGCCGUGGUGCAUGUGCUCACUGUCCCUCCACGUCGCCUCCAUGGAAUCCUUGUGUACAUAAAGUGGUUUUGUAUGUUUUCUUUUAUGUUGGAACAAAGUACUUGAAUCCAGUGACACUCAUUUUGGAAAAUUGCAGAAUAAUAACUGACAAAUUUUGUGCGAUAAUUAACCACAAGUCAACCAUUAACAUACUAUUUGGAAUUAUUUAAUUUGCUGUUUGUAUAUUUGAUGUUUUAAUCAGAUGCAUUGUCAUUUGAAUAAAGGUUGCAGUAUAUACAGUACAUAGAUGUAUCUAUUAAACUCUGAGUUCAAGCACUGUAAGUCAAAGCUAACGACUAGCUUAAGUUGACAUGUGUGGUCGACCUGAAAGUCUCCAUCUGGAAAGUGAUAGUGAAAACAUUAAAUGUGACAUUUAAAGAACAACA